UCCGACACUCCUACCACACUGCAACUAACUCGGGCCAAGGAUGCUAGCGUGCAUAGUGGUGUGCUCUGUACAAAGGUCGGGUUUCCUGGUCUCACAUGUCUAAGAGCAUAAUUUCUCGUAUAAAACCUCUGUGCAACCGGAAACCCAAACGCAGUUCACCAUCGAACCUCCAAGUCACACCCAGUGAAAGAAAGGUCGCCUAUGAGGUUUGCAACAUCCUAAGAACUCAAAGUCACUGGGAACGGAAUGUUGAGGUCCUCCUUUCGGAAGCCCAAGCGGUUCCAUCUGAAAUAGCCCACCUUGUGUUCGACAAAAUUCGCGAUGCGCAAUUGGGUUUGAAGUUCUUUGAUUGGAUCUCUAGGAGACCCUAUGGCUGUCCCCUUGAUGGGUUCGCGUACUCGUCUCUCUUGAAGCUACUUGCGAAGUUCAGACUUUUCCAGGAAAUUGAAGCUCUGCUGCGUGAGUGUACAAAAUGCGAGGAGACGUUGCCUACGAGAGAGGCAUUUGAUGAAUUAAUCCAAGCUUAUUCAAUUUCAGGGGUGGUUGAGAAAGCUUUUGAACUCCACUCAUUCGUUUUGAAAACCUUCAAUUUGCUACCUCACGUAGUCACUUGUAAUCAUUUGCUUCAUGGUCUUGUUAGUAACGGACGGGUUGAAGCUGCUAUGGUGGUAUACAAUGAGAUGGUAAAGAGGGACGCUGGAAUUGAAAAUAGAUGUUUGGAUAAUUAUAGCACUUGUAUAAUUGUGAAUGGAUUGUGUAAAGACGGUAAGGUUGAUGAAGGCCGGAAGCUUAUCAGUGACAGGUGGGGAGAGGGGUGUGUGCCAAAUAUUGUGUUUUACAAUGUACUUAUUGAUGGGUAUUGCAAAAGGGGUGAUAUGAAAAGCGCUUAUAAUAUUUUCCAAAAAUUGAACUCCAUGGGUUUUUUGCCAACAGUAGAGACUUAUGGAGCUCUGAUUAAUGGAUUCAGCAACAAUGGAAGUUUUGAGGUAGUUGACGAGCUUAUGAGGGAUAUGGCGGCUAGGGGACUCUCAGCCAACACCCAAGUAUAUAACAUCAUUAUAGAUGCUAAAUAUCGGCAUGGUGGUGACCUGAAACCACUUGAUGCCAUUAGAAAAAUGAUUGAAGAGGGAUGUGAUCCUGAUCUGGUGACAUAUAAUACUUUGAUCUCUGGUUCAUGCAAAGCUGGGGAAAUUGAGGAGGCUGAAGAACUUCUAGAGAAUGCAAGAAAUAGGGGAUUGGUGCCUAACAAACGUACGUAUACUCCUUUGAUCCAUCUGUAUUGUACACAGGGAGAUAUUGACAGGGCUUCAUGUCUUCUUGUUAAGAUGACUGAGAAUGGUGAUCCACCUGAUCUGCCAACAUAUGGAGCUCUAAUCCAUGGUUUUGUACGCUCUGGGCAUGUUGACGUCGCCUUAACUAUUCGUGACAGGAUGACCGAGAAGGGAUUGUUACCUGAUUCAUGUAUGUAUAAUGUCUUGAUGAAUGGGCUUUUCAAAAAAGGGAAGCUUUCUGAAGCCAAACAGCUUUUUUCUGAGAUGCUUUCUCACAGUAUCGUACCUGACAUGUAUAUUUAUGCCACUCUAGUGGAUGGGAUCAUAAGAAUUGGAGAGAUAAAUGAAGCAAAGAAGCUCUUUCAGCACACAAUUGAAAAUGGUGUGGAUCUUGGUGUUGUGGGGCAUAAUGCAAUGAUCAAGGGGUACUGUAAGUUUGGGAUGAUGAGUGAGGCGGUGUCAUCUAUGAACAGGAUGAAAAAGUUGAAGAUUUUUCCUGACGGGUAUACUUAUUCCACUAUGAUAGAUGGAUUUGUAAAGAAACAAAACAUGGCUGGUGCAUUGACAAUAUUCUGUGAAAUGGUGAAACAGAAGUGUUUAGCAAGCGUGGUUGCUUAUACCUCUCUCAUUAAUGGAUAUUGCCAAAUUGGCAGUUCUCAAAGAGCACUAUAUUUUUUCCAUUAUAUGCAGUCAAAUGGUUUAGUUCCUAACGUUGUUACCUAUACUACAUUGAUAGGGGGAUUUUGUAAGGAAGGACAACUUGCAAAAGCUGCAGUUUUUUUUGAACAGAUGCUUAUUUCCAAGUGCUGCCCAAAUAAUUAUACCUUUAAUUAUCUGGUGAAUGGAUUUUCAAAUAGUGCACAUUCUGUAGUUCUGAAGGAAGGAAAUAAUCAUAAAAGAUGCAAGACAUCCAUAUUCUUGGAUGCUUUUCGAAGGAUGAUUUCAGAUGGAUGGCUUCCAAAUAUUGCUGCAUAUAACUCAAUUAUUGUUUGCCUGAGUUUAAACGGGAUGUUAAAAACUGCAUUGGAGCUGCAGAAUAAUAUGGCCAGUAAGGGCUUGUGUGUUGAUUCUGUUUCCUUUGCAGCAUUGUUGCAUGGGAUUUGCUUGGAUGGAAAAUCAAAGGAAUGGAAGAAGAUUGUUUCCUGCAACUUUAAGGAAUCUGAGCUCUGUACUGCUCUUAUUUACUCCAAAAUAUUUGAUCAGUACCAUGCUCGUUGCCUGAACUUUGAGGCUUCAGAAAUUUUGCACAACAUGGUCAGUGAUUGUAAGUCACAUAAUCUUCACAUGGAUAACAUUGAAGUGUCAGCAAAAAGUUGAUGGUUUCACUUUAAUUUACGGGUUGAAUGUGUAAAAACCAAGGUUAGAGACACCACCAGACCUAUAUGACAAGGCAAUUGCAUGUGCUUUGUUGGACCUUUUCUUUCGAAGAGCUGAAGCACUAAGAGCUGAUAAAAGUGCACGUUGUUAUGUUUGCUCACAACCAGGCAACCAGCCACAAUUUCUUAGGAAUCAGCCUAAAGUCCUGUUAUUAAAUUGCGGCUCUGCAAGACUUUUGCUAUCUCCUUUUCAAGUGCUUAUCUCCACUUCAAACACAGAAGAAUAUGGAGAUCCUGAAUCCCAACAGUAUGAAUAAAAAGGCUCCUCAGACCUACCCUAUCUCCAGAUCAGAAGGGUUUUCUCUAAACUUUGUAAUUGAAGAAAACAGCAAAAAUUAUGGCAUGCUGCUUCAGUUUAAUUGUGGCUGGUUGCUUCAGACCCCACUCCAGCUCAUUCUUUGUGAAGCUGGUUUCACAGCAAUAUGGAAGACCUAAUCUAAGUGCUUGAAAUGCCCUAUGGUAUCAUCAUAUUAGGAGGAACUGAGGUGGGAGCCUUUGUGGCACUUGGGUAAUGAUGAUGAUGAUGAUGAUGAUGAAAAAAGGCAGUGCUUGUCUUUGACAUAGCAGGUAACAUCUAUAAAUGACAGCUGGCUCAGUUGUGCUUAUGUCUCUAGGAAAACUACCUAAAAAUGCUGUCAAAAUGACGAAGAACAGUCCUUACUCCACAGGGCAAGAUGCUGUUAUGGAGAAAAAGAGAUCAUUCUGUUAUGAGCUUUGACAAACAAAUGGUUUGAGUUCAAGACUAUUAUCAAGUGAGUCAUUGUUUAAGGAAAGGAUGGUACGGUACGAUCUCCCACACAUGAAAUUGAAAACAAAACAUGGAUGGUGGAAAAUUAGAGGCCGCCAUUGAAGGGGGAGAAUGGUUUUUUCACUCGAGAUUUUGGUGCAUCUCAGCCGUUGAUCACUGAUUAUGUGUGUAGACGUUGAGCAGUGGUUGGCUGUUGCCGAAGCUCUUUCAAUGGUUCGUUUUACUUUAUAUGGAGAUUUUGGAGAUUUGGGAUGUAAAUGGAACUCUUUUAGUCGCUGAAAAUUUACUGUACUUUUGCCGAAGCUCUAUAUCAAUGAGUUCAUUUGGGUAUCCUCAUUUAAGAACACUAUUCAGGUUAGUUCAAACUGUACUGUUGAUUUGGACAUUAUGUUUGGUUUAGUUGCAGAAUGAUAAGAAAACAGUCCUCUUCAGUUCUGACUAAUUUUUAAAGAGUCCUAAGAAUACUUGUGCUUCUUGAUUGAAACUAUGGAUUUUCUGUCCAGUGAUAAAGCCUUUCACUUAUGAAAAGUUCUUAAUUUUUUCACUUACGUUUCUAAAUCUACUUCAUCCAUUCAUUUCUGCUAGGACAAAAUAUUAAAUAACUGCAUUAAAAACGACUGCUAUGUCAUAUCUUAGGUCUCUGUGUAUUCUUAUGACAAUUCUCACUUAUUAACUUUUAUGAAAAUUCUCACAUAAAGUUUGUUAAUACUUAAUGCGAAGUAUAUAAUCUUUUAUGUUAAUUUGAAAAUAAUUUUUGUAGUCCCUCUUCCUAUGCUUCGUGGUUUGAUCCAGCUAACUGAUUUUGAUUUUUACAUUGCAUCUUUUGCUAUUACACACUGAAAGACUCGGUUUUCUAUAUCACUAACAUAGAACAACACAUAUGUCACCUUUGCUCUUUGUCUACUAACAAUUUCUUCCACCAUAAAUCUAUCACUAGUAAUCUCCGUCUCUUAACAUUCCAAUCUAAAAUUAGUAUUUUUUUUUAAAUUAUCCAUACUUAUAAGCAUACCCCCUUAACUUUGCACCUUUAUAAUUUUCUUUCUCUAAUCCUUUAUUAAUACCCAAAACGUAGAAAACAGGUAAUCUUUCUUUUAACACACACUACAUUUGUGUGUACUUAAUAAGCUAAAAAAUCUUUAGGCGGAAAACUUCCACAUUUGGUAACAUUUUUCAUAAACUAUAUGAAGUUGAGGAUAUUAUAACUAAUUUGGAGGAUGUUGUUUACAAAACUCUUUCUUAGGAUGACCACAACUCACUUAAAAAGGCCCAGGCUUUUUAUAUUCUUUAUAAUUCUUACCUUGAGGCUCACUACAAAGAAAAGGCUAGAAAAUUACCAUAUGACUGUGUUUAAACUGCCAAAUCACGCCACUAAUAUGAUUGAGAGAAGCUGCUCCCAUUUUUUAUGGGACAGAACCCCUGAGAACAAGAAAUUGAUUUGGACAGCUUGGGAUAAGUUUUGUUACCCUAUUCAGCAAAAUGGCCUUCGUUUCAGAAAACUCACUUUCCUAUCGAUAUAUUUAAUUUCAAUUCUAAUCAAAUGUUACUACAUCUUGCCCGUUUAUGAAUCUAACGAUGGUUGUCAAUGGCGCGCAAUGGCGCUUGCACGCAAACGGCCUUUGCGCCAUAAAAUGGGCCAUGGCGCUGGGUAUACACAUGGCGUUGCCAUUGUGUCGCCAUCGCCAUGGCGAUGCGUAUGCUAUUUUAAAAGAUCAGCGGACAUUUGGUCUGGGAUUUUGGGGCUGUUUGGCCUGCUGAACGUUAACUUGAUAAAACUCUAAAUAAAACUUGAUAUUUUAGCCCAUUAUGAACACACAAAGCCAAUUAUUAACAACCCUAACAAAAGUAAAUAAGCACACAAAGCCUGCGGACAGUAGAAGUUAAAGCUGCCAGUCUGCGACAAACAUAUGAGCGCCAAAAGACACAACCAAACACAACCUGCCAGGCUGCGACAAGCAAAUGGGAACUCAUUGACUUCUUCCAAAAAAUGAAAGAAACAAAUGGAUGACAUUGACAUUGCAAUGAAUGGAUUGAUGAAGCUGCCGAGCAAAAUGAAAUGGAAGACUGGGAUGUAGUGGAAGAAGUUGUUGGUGUUAAUGAAGCAAAUCACAACACAAGAGCAACAACAUCAAGGGCAUCAACACUUCAGCUGCACGACGAAGAGGAGACUGAGGAGACAGAGGAGGCGGAGGAAAUGGAGAAAACGGAAGAGGUUGCAGAUCCCUCUGAUGAUGAAAUGAAUGAGGAUGGUGUGCCAUUGCUAUCAGAUUCAGACCAAGACGAUGAGUGUGAUGAUUGAUGAUGAUUAUGCCAUAAUCAUCAAACAAAAACAAGCUAACAAGCCUAAAUCCUCACAUAUUUUGCAAGACAUGAAACUUUUUUUUGAAUAAUAUGUUUUUUUUGGAAGUACUUUAAACUAUUUUAACUUCACAUGUUUUGGUUAGAAUGUUGUUAUUCAACUUUUUUAUAAUGUUUUGGUGGUUGGGUUGAUGAAUUAUAGUGUCUAUCAUUCGUUUUGAAGUUUUUUUUUGUCACGUGGCGACGCCAUAUUUGUGCCAUCGCCAUCGCCAUGUGAAAUGGCUUGUGCGCCAUGGAUUGCGCCAUGUGCCAUGACAACUAUGAAUCUAACUAAUAAUAUCAAACAUAAAGCACAAAGCAAACAUCUUAAUUUUUAUAAAUAAAAAAAUAUCCAAAUGUUCUGCACAAGGCAUCACAUCUCUCUGCCAUUCAAUUUUCCUUUUAAUCUUUGUGUCCCAUUCAGCUGAUAAAAAUGGUUGUGGUAUGUUUGUUACGAGCAUAUUUUAAACUUUCCUAAACACCUUUUGAAUUGAUCCUAUGUUAUUUUUGUUGUGUAUAAUUAGCUGUUUUCGGUUUUCCCAUUAUUGAAGCAAUUAUUUUUCAGUUAGUGUUAUAGCUUUGCCCCUUCAACCAAAUCACCAAACUUUGUAAGCACAAAGCCUUGGGUAUAUGAACAACAAGCCUACAUUUUUCUGAACAAUGAAAUUACAAAUUCUAACUAAUAGCAUCAAACAUUUACUUUAAAAAAUGCAUGUACAUGCUGAAAUCUAGCAUCAAACAUUCGCUUAAAAGAAUCAGUAGGAUUUGGUUAAUUUUUAAGACGGUUUUGGGCAUCUAUUUCAGUUAGUAUUAGAGUUUUGCUGGGUUGCUAUAAAUCAGUUUUUUUGAGCUGAAGUAAAAAAAAACAGUAAUAGACUAUAAAAGUAGGCAUAGAUCUUUAUUUGUGUUGCUUGGAGUAGUUUUAAGCAGUCAUUCUCAUACUUCAUUUGUUUCAUUUGCCCUCUUUUUCCCUGAUUUCUCGCUAGGUGUAGUUUAUAGCAAAAAUGGAAGAUACCCACUAAAGCAUAGAUCUUAAUUUGUGUUGCUUGGAGUAGUUUAUAGCAGCCAUUCUCAUACCUCUUUUUUGCCCUCUUUAUUCUCUUGAUUUGUCAUAUGAUAUAUGAGCCUUUUGAGUUGUGUUCACAAUGUUCACAUUCUUUGUUAUAAAUCAAGUUUUUGAGCUAAAGUACAACUGUACAACAACAAUAAUACACUACUCCCCCCCCGCCCCCCUUACUUUGUCCCGUUUUACCUUUUCCGUCCGUCCCAUUAAGUUUGUCCCAUACCAUAUUUGGUAAUAUUUGAGUGGUUAGAUAUCAUUCUUACUUUAUUCACACUUUAUAAAUUCAAUACCAAUCACACAAUUCCACUUUUUCUUAAAAAUCACACCACACCCCUUUGUCCCAAACUUAGGGGGACGGAGGUAGUAUUAAAGUAUGCAUACAUUGACCUUAAUUUGUGUUGCUUGGAGUAGUUUAUAGCAGUCAUUCUCUUUUUUUUUUUGUUUAGUUUGCCGUCUCCGUUCCCCUGGUUUUCUGGAUAGGAGUAGUUUAAACUUUAUAGCGAAAAAUGGAAAUACCCAUUAGAAUAUAUCAAUCUAUGCACUUUCGAGCAUUACACACCAAUGUUUUUUCUAAAACACUAUCGAAAUUGAUAUAGAACAAAACAACCCAACUUUGCAAGCACAAAGUCUUGGACAUAUGAACAGACUCACACUUUCAAAAAUAAAUAAAUAAACUCCUAAUCAUGCUCCAUCAACUCUCUAAGCUACCCAGAUGGUAAAAGUAGUAGCCAGUCUUAUUUUAAUAUGUUUAAUUUUUUUAUCAAGCUUAAUAUAUUAACAUCAAUGUGCUGAGUUAUGAAUCAUGUAGGUAGACUACAUUUUACAGAUGUAAGGUACUCGGGUUAGAUGUCACUUACUAUAUUAACAUUCUUUUAUUUUUCUCCGUAUCAUUCACAGGUAAAUGGCCUCUAACACAAUCUUGAAACAAACAUAUUCAAUUUUACCAACUUCUUUACUAAUUUUUUUAGUUUUUAAAUUUUAUAAGUUCAUAUGCAUGCACUCAAAAUAGAUACACAACUCUUUGGUUAGAUAUUAACAUUAUUUGUUUGCUUAAGAGCUGCCACAUGUAGCCUCCUCAGAAGAGACCAUUUUGUUUAGUCCUCCAUAAUGAAUACCGAGUAGGUUAAUAAUUUGCUGGUUUUAAGAUAUUAUCAUUUUAAAGAUUUUGUUAUUAUACACACACACACAUUCUGCCUCCUUUCUCUUUUUAUUUUGCCAAAAGGCGACAUGCUUUGCACACAGAAUUUCCUGGCGGCCAAUUUCAUCGUUAUUAGUACUCCCUCCGUCUCACUAGAAGGUUCCUGUCCACUAUUCACAUGGUCAACUUAAAUCAUUUUUAAUCUAUUACUUUAUAAAUCAAAUUUUUAUCAAAUCUACAUUUUUUUUAUCAGGCUUUGUAGCGGUUUUAAUUUAGUUUCUGAAUAUGUUGAUUUUAUUUACUAAAAAUAAUCAGAGUGUGAACAAGGAUUAAGUUGCUUUAUCGUCAGUCAAGCAUCGUAAACCGCCAACGGGAAUCUUCUAGCGGGACGGAGGGAGUACUAUUUAUUCUGAUAUAAUACCUUGCCACAAUGCGGUCUCUUCAAACGACCAAACUCCCAUAUUAACAUGCACUAAUCCUUUACUUUAUGUACGCAUAUACUAUCGUACAUAACUUUGGCCGGAAAUGUAUGUUCCCUCUUAUGAAGAUACCAUGUUACCUCAAAUGUAUGCAUAGGUAUUUUUGUCUUCUUUUCUUCCAGGUUAUAAUCAAAUAACACAAUCACAAAACAGUUCAAGCUUAUAUUACUCACUCCCUCCCAUAAAAUUCUUCUAAUUUUUCUUUUUGGGUCGUCCCCAAAAAUUCAUCCCACUUACCAUUUUUGGACAAUUUGUGUGACUCACAUUCAUUUUACCUUUUACUUACACAACUACAACCAUACAUUUCCACUUUAGUCUCACCUCCUUAAUAUGCAUGCCAAGUCAAUGUGGGAAGAAUUUUAUGGGACGGAGGGAGUAUUUAUUAUGGACUACAUUAACUUUGUGCAUAUAUCAUGUUUGAUGAAAUGAAAAAAGUUUUGCACUUUUAAGUUCUUAUUUUCUUAACUAUGAUUGCUAAUAGGAAAGAUUUUAAGGAAAGAUUGUUGAUGGAUGGCUCUAGGCACAGCGAGCAGGGGUCCUUUAGUGUGUCUUUCAGCCUGGCAGCAUCUGGCUGAGGGUAGAGUGAAGCUCAACGUUGAUGCAUCUGUUACCAGUUAGCUAGAGUGACCGGUUUUUUGUUGUUGAGUUAAUGAUUCAAAUAGGACUAAUAGAAAAGUUAAUUGCACAAUUAGGACCACAUACGAAACACAACUUUCAUAGGAGCAAUUUCAAUACAGUUGGACACAAAUACCCC